UUUUUUUAAAGUUGCACGUUGAAUGAGUGCGUGGUUGAGCUGGUCACUCAGGGUGUAGGAAGGCUGAAGUGGUCCCUGGAGGGUGUGGGGGACAAUGGUUAGGCAGGGUGUAAGGAGGGAAUCCCAAUAGCGCACGACCUAGACCCCAGGGCCAGACUUAAGUCUGGGGGACAUCAGGAGCUGACAGGUAACUCUUAUAGCCGCACAAGCAGUACCAGGCUAGGUCCCGCCCACCAUAACGUCAUGUCCGGCGGGGGCGGGGCUUCGGGGCUUUCCCUGGGAGGCGAAGUAUCGGUUAACCCCUUCGUGGCCGGCUGGGCCGGAGCUCGGCGGGCCGGAACCAGGAGUUGGGGCUCCCCCCCAGCCACACCCCUCGUAGGAUUUAAAGGGGAAGGAGGGACCAGGCCGGCCGAAGCCCUAAGCGGAGGAGCCGGCAUGAGGCGCUGCCCGUGCCGGGGGAGCCUGAGCGAGGCGGAGGCCGGGGCGCUGCCCGCGGCGGCCCGCAUGGGGCUGGAGGCGCUGCGAGGGGGGCGGCGGCGACAGCCCGGACUGCAGCGACCCGGGCCUGGCGCGGGUGGCCCUGCGGGAUGGCCGGAGGGGGGCGGGCCCCCGGCCUGGACGGAGGGGUCUAGCCUGCACCCUGAGACCGAGAGGACCGGCCUGGGGCCUGAGUCGUGUGCAGACGGACAUGCUGAGUGCAAAGCAGCUGGCCCAGGAGCGGAGACGGCGAAGGCCAGCCAAAAUAAGGAGCUAGACAGGUCCAACCUCCAGACACAUCCAGAAAGGAACAAGCACUGUGCAGACCUGGAGAUGGACGGUCCCUGCGCCGAGACUGGGACCGAUGGCUUCCCAGCUGAUCCUCACAGAUCCGACCUCCAGUCGCAGCCCAGGAGGGCCAGCCUCGUUACCCAGCCAGGGGUGGAUGAGCCCUGGACCGAGCUAGAAAGACUUGGGUGGCAGACCCUGCCAGAGAGGGACAAGCCCUGGGCUGAUCACCUCCUGACCCACCAGAGCAGGUCCAGCCUCCAAACUCACGCAGAGGGACCCUGCCCCUCAGCACAAGCCAGAGCAGAUGGCUCCUGGAAAGAAUUGUGCAUCGAUGGUUCUGGGACACCACAUGACACCGAUGACUCUUGGACAGAGUCCCAAACGGAUGGUUCCCAGAUACAACAGAGUCCUUGGGCAGCCUGGAAUCAGCCUGGAAGUGAUGGUUUUCCAACACAGGAUACUCAUAGCGCUCGGAUACAGCCUGACACUGAUGGUCCCUGGGCAGCGCUUGGAGCAGACUGCCUUUUGGGGGAGUCCGAAGGAGAUAGGCCAGUAGAGGAACCAGAGCCUGGAGAGUUGGUGACUCACCUGUGCUCUCACCUGGAGUGCAGCUCCUUGUGCCCUGUGCCCCGUCUCAUCAUCACCCCUGAGACUCCUGAGCCUGAGGCCCAGCCAGUGGGACCCCCUUCCCGCAUUGAGGGAGGCACUGGAGGCUUUUCCUCUGCCUCUUCUUUCGAUGAAUCUGAGGAUGACUUGGUGGCUGGGGGCGGAGGGACCAGUGAUCCCGAGGACAGAUCUGGGAGCAAACCCUGGAAGAAGCUGAAGACAGUUCUGAAGUAUUCGCCCUUCGUGGUCUCCUUCCGUAAACACUACCCGUGGGUCCAGCUUUCCGGACACGCUGGGAACUUCCAGGCAGGAGAGGAUGGUCGGAUUCUGAAGCGUUUCUGUCAGUGUGAGCAGCGCAGCCUGGAACAGCUGAUGGGAGACUCCCUGCGGUGUUUUGUGCCCACCUACUAUGGCAUGGUGCAGCGUGAUGGCCAGGCCUUCAACCAGAUGGAAGAUCUCCUGGCAGACUUUGAGGGUCCCUCCAUCAUGGACUGCAAGAUGGGCAGCAGGACCUACCUGGAAGAGGAGCUGGUGAAGGCUCGAGAACGACCCAGGCCCCGGAAGGACAUGUACGAGAAGAUGGUGGCAGUGGACCCUGGGGCCCCCACCCCCGAGGAGCAUGCCCAGGGUGCAGUCACCAAGCCCCGCUACAUGCAGUGGAGGGAGACCAUGAGCUCGACUUCCACUCUGGGCUUCCGGAUUGAAGGCAUCAAGAAGGCUGAUGGGACCUGCAACACCAACUUCAAGAAGACACAGGCCCUAGAGCACGUGACCAAGGUGCUGAAAGACUUUGUGGAUGGAGACCUUGCAAUCCUGAGAAAGUAUGUGGCGCGUCUGGAAGAACUCCGAGAAGCUCUGGAGAACUCCCCCUUCUUCAAGACCCAUGAGGUAGUGGGCAGCUCCCUUCUCUUUGUGCAUGACCACACCGGCCUGGCCAAGGUCUGGAUGAUUGACUUUGGCAAGACUGUCGCCCUGCCUGACCACCAGACGCUCAGUCACAGGCUGCCCUGGGCCGAGGGCAACCAUGAGGAUGGCUAUCUGUGGGGCCUGGACAAUUUGAUCCGCCUUCUUCAGGAGCUUGCCCAGAGCUGACCCAUUCCACCAUUGCUAGGCUCACUUACAAGAUAGUAUAUAUCUGGCUGGCAGAGUCCUGAGAGGCUGUGGGCACCUGAGGUGGGAGAUGAGAUGCUGCAAGGUAGCAAGCACAAGACCAGUGUGGUUGGAAGAGCCUUUGGGGACACAGCAUCACUGGGCUCCUUUAUGAUGUGGGUAGCAAGACAGGCGGAUGCAUUGUCAGCAGAACAUUAGCGAGGCAUCCAAUCAGCCAGGAAAGCAUCCAAGGGGCUACAAGAGCUAAAUCAUGCUGCCCUGACAACACAAGCCAGCUGUCACUGGGUAGAGAUGUGACACAGUCCCCAUAGCUGUGAGAAUGACCAGCCCCUCCCAGGUCCCCGAGCCCAGCCAUUGGACAGGUUGUCUUUCGUGCCCCAGAGAACCAGGCAUCAUGUGGGAACACCCUCAAGAGCUACAUGUCCACCUACAUGAACACCCUCAAGAUGACGUCCAGAUGACAGCCCCAUCUGGAGACCAUCCAAGUGCUGAGAGGAGGGUGUGACACCAUGGGACACCUCCUGGCACUGCCCUAGACCUGAUGCUGUCAGGUGGGGCACAGCAUACUCUCCUACCUGCCAGGGCCCUGAGGAACCUCCCUGCUCUUCUGUGGGCUCUGCGGAGCUGCUGCAGACCCAGACCACGUCCACAUCCACUGUGUCAGCACUGUGACCAUCCUUCCUUGGUGUGUCAGACCCAACCUUGGACCUCCUCCUGCCCCUGAACCCAGGGACCGCCUGUCUCCUUCCUUCUGUACGGUACAGGUGCAGGAAGGGAGUUUCCUAGGCAGGGGAAGGAGGCUUCUCCUUGGGAACCAGAGCUGCCUUGCUUCACUAUAUGACCCGCCCCCCAUGUAAUGAAGUACCAGGUGUCACAGAAGCACAAGUGGGCGAGGCUGCAGGCCAUGAUCUUGAACCUGCAACCUGGUCCUAACCAAAGACUCUACACACGGGAUGGGGCAAAGGCCAUGCUGUCCCAGUGCUCCGUCACAUUCCUGGCCCAUGUGGAUGGGCUUGGGGAGGACAGGCACCUACCUCUUCCCUAAGCCGAAGUCCUCAGGUCUUCCAGGGCUGACAAGUCCUCUUUUUCUACUGACCGUCUUUAUACAUAUUUAUAUGUGAGGUAGUUAGAUGGGGUAGUGAGGGGAAUCAGGAGGCAGAAUGGCUUCACUGCCUUCACCCAUGACAACACCCCAAUAAACAGGACAAAGUCAA